CUUGGGCUCAUCGAGCUCCAUCUUCCGGCGAGACAGCUUCUUCGCCACAAUUGCCCACAUUGCAGUAAGUCUUUCCCAAGAUCGGCCAACCUGAACAGACAUCUGCGCACGCACACAGGAGAGCAACCAUACCGAUGCGCAUAUUGUGACAGGGGAUUUAGUAUUAGCUCUAAUAUGCAACGCCAUGUACGCAACAUUCACCAACAGGAGCGCCCAUUCGCCUGUCAACUGUGUGAACGCCGAUUUGCCCAACGCACCAACCUAGACCGCCAUAUGCGCCACCAUCGCAACCAGACACUAGCCGGGGUUUGUUCCCUCUCGAUGGCGUGCCGAGCCGCAUCCCAACUAAGCUCAACGACAGCUCUGUCACCGCCUGUACGGCCUCCACCACCUCCACCUCAACUGAAAUCAUCUAUUUCUGGUUUAUCAACUGAUAGAGAAGAGGUGGAUUUCAGGACCGGAGAGUUGAAAGGCACUCAGCCACAGGUUUUGGUGCCAACAAGCAGCCGAAGAAAGAGGCGCAGAAGUGGAGCCGGACGGUUGGAAAAGUCAUCAGAUUUGGUGCAUACAGAAAAAAUAGAUGAAACGGGUGUAGGAGUCGGCCAACUAGAAGAAACUGACGAAGAGGAAGAAGAUGAGGGGGAGGAAAAAGUCGAAAAGGAGGAGGUGGAAGAAGGGGAGGAUGGGGAUGGGGACGGAGCAAAGGAAGGACUGGAGAGAAAUAGUACUAAUUUGCUCACAGCCUAUUUUAUGAUGGCAAAUUCUGGCUUCCACUGUAAUCGAGACGAAAAUAGAUCCAGCCUCUUAAGAUGGCCUGAUGGAAAUAAUUCAAAUAAGCAAGAGACAGAUUUGGGAUAG